CCAAUUUUUUUUCUUUUUUAUCACUGUCCAUCUUCAGUUAAGUUUCCCUUUCAUUACAUCAACUCAACUCCACACAGAGAUUUCCACUUUCUGCCCCUUGGCUACAACAACUCUCAUUCUCUGCUAACUUUUCCUUUCUUAGUACCCUUCUUUUUUUUAGCAUCAAGUAACUCAUUAUCAGCAACAACUCCCACUCUCUGCUCCUCUGCUCAGUUUCUUUUUCUCAUGUCAAUUUGGUCACCUGAACAACUUCAACUGCAGUUGGUCAGCAUCUCUCUCUUUCUCUCUUAUAUGUAAAGGCUAAUUCUUUGCUAGCUACCAUGUUUGAUUGAACCAAGAAACCAUGUCUUUCAGUGACGUCAAUCUUCAUUUCUUAGUCUUUCUUUUCCUUUUUCUUGUUCUUGGUUUAGUUCCAACAUUUGCUCUCAAUACAGAUGGAAUACUUCUACUUUCUUUUAAAUACUCUACUCUAAGUGACCCAUUAUCAGUCUUGGAAAGUUGGAACUAUGAUGAUGAUACACCAUGUUCAUGGAAUGGUGUUACAUGUACAGAAUUAGGCCUUCAAGGCACACCAGAUAUGUUUAGGGUCACAAGUUUAGUUCUCCCUUCUAGUCAGCUUCUGGGUUCAAUUCCUCCUGACUUGGGCUUUAUUCAGCACCUUAAACACCUUGAUCUUUCUAACAAUUACUUGAAUGGUUCGUUGCCCAGUUCAAUAUUUAAUGCUACUGAGCUAGAAGUGAUUUCUCUUUCAGGAAAUGAGAUUUCUGGUGAGUUAUCCGAGUCCAUUGGUGGGAUGAAGAAUUUACAGCUGUUGAAUCUUUCUGAUAAUGCAUUGGCUGGGAAAGUGCCCAAGAAUUUGACAAGUUUGCAAAAUCUUACAGUUGUUUCUUUAAGGUCUAAUUACUUUUCUGGUUAUGUUCCCAGCGGGUUCAAUUCUGUUCAAGUUUUAGAUCUGUCUUCUAAUCUCUUAAAUGGUUCUUUACCUCUUGAUUUCGGUGGAGCUAAUUUGCGUUACUUAAAUCUCUCUUACAACAAGCUUUCAGGUCAAAUAUCACAAGCAUUUGCAAAGGAAAUUGCUCAAAAUGCAACCAUUGAUCUCUCAUUCAACAAUCUAACUGGUGCAAUACCUGAGUCAUUGUCUUUGCUUAAUCAAAAGACAGAGUCUUUCAAAGGAAACAUUGAUCUCUGUGGCAAACCAUUAAAGAAUCUAUGCUCAAUUCCUUCAACUCUUUCUACUCCACCAAAUAUUUCAACUACUUCACCAGCUAUUGCAGUCAUACCUAAGCCACUAGAAUCAACCCCUGUAACAAACACUUCUUCCGGAAAUCAAAAGGCUUCCGGAAACCAAACCCAAAAUGGUCUAAAGCCAACUACCGUAAUAGCUAUAGUGGUCGCGGAUUUAGCUGGUAUAACCAUUCUUGCACUAGCCAUUCUUUACGUAUACCAACUAAAGAAAAAGAAAACACUAAACCAUACCAGCACCAACGACUACCUACCAAAGAGUGAGCAAAAACUACAACCAGAAUCAAUAAGCACAAAAACUGAUCAGCUAGCAGAAUCAAGAAAGCCCAUUACAUGGUCAUGUCUACCAAUUAAAGCAGAAGAAACAUCAGAAGAAUCUGCAACUUCAGAUAGCGACCGGGAAGGCAGUGGCCAGCAGAAUGAAAGUAGUAACCAGUGGUAUGGAAGCAGCCAUCACCCGCAGCAAAAAGGAGGAAAGCUGGUGAUAGUUGAUGGGGAGACAGAGAUGGACAUGGAAACGUUGCUAAAAGCAUCAGCAUAUAUAUUAGGAGCAAGUGGUGCAAGCAUAGUGUACAAAGCUGUUCUUGCUGAUGGAACGGCUUUUGCUGUCAGGAGAAUAGGAGAAAGUGGUAUAGAGAGGUUCAAGGAUUUUGAGAAUCAAGUGAGGUUCAUUUCUAAGAUGAGACAUCCAAAUCUGGUUAGGAUUCGUGGGUUUUAUUGGGGAGAUGAUGAGAAGCUCGUUAUCUAUGAUUAUGUCUCCAAUGGCAGCCUUGCUAGCUCCAGUUUCAGAAAACCAGGUUCAUCGCCAUUUCAUCUGCCUCUUAAAGUCAGGUUCAAGAUCGCAAGAGGUGUGGCUCGAGGACUAGCCUUCAUUCAUGAGAAAAAGAACGUGCAUGGGAGCGUAAAACCGAGCAACAUCCUUUUAAACUCGGAUAUGGAGCCCAUUAUCUCCGAUUUUGGGUUAGACAGGCUAGUCUUAGGCAACAAUAGCUACAAAGCAAGCAACUCAGGCCGCAAUUUUGGCAGCCAAAGAUCAACCACCACCUCUCAAGACCACCCUAUCACCGCCGCCAGCCCGCAUGCAACCCCUAGCUCCUCCACAACUAAUGGGUCGCCGUAUCAAGCGCCCGAGUCGUUGAAGAACCUAAAGCCAAACCUCAAAUGGGAUGUCUAUUCAUUUGGCGUUAUCUUGCUUGAACUUCUCACUGGCAGAGUGCUCUCGGAGAGAGAGCUGAGCCAAUGGACAGCCGGUUCAAUUGUGGAAGAUAAGAACCGGGUUUUGAGAUUUACUGAUGUGGCGAUCAGAGCUGAUGUGGAGGCUAAAGAGGAUGCUGUGUUGGCAUGCUUUAAGUUAGGGUUUAGUUGUGCUUCUUUUGCACCACAAAAGAGACCAUCCAUGAAAGAAGCCGUUCAAGUCCUAGAGAAGAUCCCUUUACAUCUUUCAAAUUAGUGAUAAUGUAUGGGUCCCCAUAAAAGUGCAAAGUUGGAUCAAAGGUCAGUGUUUCUUUUUAGGCUUUUCUUUUUUUUUUAAUGGGGCAUAAAGAGAGCAUAAAGAAGAUUAUGUGGAUAUCUUAUUAUAUGAUAUCGAGAGUGCAAUAUAUGCUUUGUAUGUUUGACUGAUUAAUCAAAUGUUGUUUAUUAUGUAUAAAUAAUAAAAUAUGGUAGUCCACUAAUUUAAUGUGAAAACAUUAUUCGGUGAUAAAGGAUAAACCAUUUAUUUUA